UGGCUCUUGCAGCGGUGACCUGCUGGCUUUCAGCCCGAGAAGUCGUUGCAGGUUUUUCCCAUGAUGCUCGUCAGAGCUUUUAUCUCGAUCUGUUGGGUUUAGAGAAACAAGGAGAUGCUGUUCAACCAUUCGAUGUGAUGGAACGACGCAGUGAAGCACCAAAGGAUGAAGAUCUUUACGGACAAACUGUUGUUAUAAACGGAAAAGAAUACAUGCCCAAUAUUACUCUUAGCCAAAACCCUAUGGAACUGGAACUGAGGCAAACUAAAGGAAAAAUGUUUGAUAUGCAGGGGAGACAUAUUGGAAAAAGAAACUUUGAGGUCGAUUUCAUUUCGAAGUUGUGGCCGAAUAACAAAGUCCCAUAUAUCAUCGAGCAAGGAACUUUUGGAGACAACUACGCAAAAGCCAAGACGUUAAUCGAGGAGGCGGCGAAGCAGUUUAAUGACUACACCUGUGUGAACUGGGUAACUAGAACAUCAGAGGAUCAUUACGUCAGAUUCGUCGGAAAUGAAGCCGGAUGCUACACCACAGUUGGUUACAAUAUGUUUUCAUACAGAAAAAAGGUCAAUUUCGCCCCUGGAUGUUUAGAGAUAGAGUCAGUAAUCCAUGAAAUGUAUCAUGUUGUCGGCGGGACUCAUGAAGUGCAGCGAUUGGACAGGUCGGAUCACGUAAACAUCCUAUGGAAAAAAAUCAAAGGUUUUCUGAUGGAUCAAUUCAUUGUCGAUAAAGCUACCAGAGACAGAUUCCCGUACGACUAUCAUUCUGUCAUGCAGUAUAGAUUGAGUACAUUUCCUCAGUAUCCGAAUGAAAACACCAUUGCACUGCCCGAUCCCGAUUUGAAUUAUUUGGCACUGGUACCCAAGAAAGGUUUCUCUUUUCUGGACAUAGCGGAAAUAAAUGACGCCUACCAAUGCACAGAGAGUUGUACAAUUAAAUGCCAUAAUGGCGGGUUUCCUACCAAGCCCGUGGGGGCCGGUUGUAAAUGUCAUUGUCCGUCAGGACUUACAGGAGCGGACUGUACAGGGGUGGAGAACAGCCAAAAUUGUGGUGAAGUUAUUCACUUACACACCGGAAGUGAUCGGACAAUAAAGAUAAGUAAUUAUCAACAGGGAAGAGAGUGUACGUGGAUAAUAAUGGGAAAUCCUGGCUCAAGAAUACGUGCCAUCGUAACGUUUAUGUCGCUGCCGUACAAACAAGAUAAAAAAACGUGUGAACAUUGGUUAGAGUUCCGGGACUACCACAUUGGAACUCCAGGAAAAAAGUUGUGUGGCAGCAUUCAGGAAGCGAGUGACAUGAAGUCAUACAAAAAAUAUUUGGUUGGGAAUCCAGCGAUGAUGAUGAUGAGAUUCAAUACAAAGAACCAGAUUUCUUCUACCGCAGGCAGAUACGUCACAGUAAACGUGAAGGCUUUGGCGUCAGAUUGUGUUUCUUCCCCAUGUAAAAAUGGCGCCGAGUGCCAGGAAGAUCCCGUUGAAAUGUCAUACGAAUGCUACUGUGAAAAUGGUUUCUCGGGAAGAAAUUGCGAAGAAUUUGCAGACAAUGGACAUAACUUCUGUGAUUUUUCCAAGGACUUAAAAACCUGCAUUCUAAGUCAGGAUAUACAAGAAUCGGACUUUAUAUGGACAUUUGCAACAUACAUCUGUCGUGACAGUGGUUGUAAUACAGGGAUUUAUACACCUCAAAGUAGUGGGAACCAGUUUUUGACAAUCGACCCAAAUUACAAAAACAGUGCACUGUACCGGAAAUCGUCAGUCCUCAUAACAACCGCCAAUUUUACAGAAAAAGAUCGCUGUUUGACUUUCGAUUACAACAUGGGAACCUAUUCAAGAGACAGCUCCCAGACCAUGGUCAGAGUUUACAGGCAGGGGAUUAACAGGGAGGGGGAACUCAGGGAAUUACUCUGGGAAAUUACUUCGCACACCAACUACAAAUGGAUGAAGGCCACAAUUAGUAUUCAUAAAAUGAAGAAAUUAAAGAUUGUAUUAGAGGCUUUUAUGGGUUCCCAGGAACUUGGAAUUGACAAUAUGCUUCUUCGCCCAGGCUUGUGUUCUGAAACUGUCUGUAACCCAAAUCCUUGUAUCAAUGGCGGCACCUGUCAAUCAAAAGGAAGUCCAGCCACGCAUUACUCCUGCACAUGCCCAACCGGAUACACAGGAAUAAAUUGCGAAAAACAUACAGCCUGUCAUCUAAAUCCAUGUAGAUAUGGUGGGACGUGCACAGCAACAGGAAGUGGCUCCGGCUUCCUGUGUCACUGUCCUUCUGGGUUCUCUGGAGACAAAUGUGAAAAUAAAAAGGUAGAUCCUUGCUUGUCUGACCCGUGUAAAAAUAAUGGCAUUUGUAAAGCUGCGCAAGCGUGGGACGGUGUUACAUUUACAUGUUCCUGUCAAACCGGUUAUAUCGGAGACACGUGUGAAGGGUAUUCCUGUACUUUCGAGACUGAAAAACAUUGUUUCCUGACACAGGAGUACGGGCCCCUGCAGUGGGAACGACACGAGGGUCCCACUCCAAGCCCAAGUACGGGUCCGAUGAAGGCAGCAGAGGGUCGGUUUUAUCUUUAUUUGGAAGCAACUGAUGCAAAACCAAAGGUCGAUUCAAGAUUGUUUUUCAUCCCAAACCAUAAAAAAGAUGAAAUAUAUUGCCUACAAAUGCACUAUUCCUUGAUUGGUAAGGACAUAGGAGAACUAGCUGUAUAUGAGUAUGACACCUUGAACUGGAAGUACAAUGUUAAGGCCAGAAAAAUCGGGCAGCAGCUAGCGGGAGAAUGGCUGUACCUGGAAACGAAUGUAAACCUCAACGCUCGUACCUACUUGAUAAUUCAAGGGAUGACAGGAUCGGGUUACCGCGGAGACCUCGCCAUAGACAACGUAAGGCUGUGGCCCUAUCCAUGCCCAUAGGCUGUACAGCUGACCUGGAUUUCUUAACUUCAGAGAAUCUGAAUUGAAAAAGUGUCCACAUUUUUAGUUGUUUCUUUUUUUUUACGGACGGACAGAGUCUAUGAUUGAGAAUUCAAGGAUGUGUCCCUUAAAGAGAACUUAUUAAAAAUAUGUGUAGCUAGCAAAAAAAAUAAUCCUUUGUGAGUUUAAUGUAGAACUUGCUUCGUUAAGCUUUAUUUUCAGUUUCUUUAUAAAUAAUAAUGUACAUGCUUUUACAAAAUUCAUUUAGACCAAAUGUAUUAGACAAUAAAAUGUUUGCAAAAAACAUUGUUUUCAUAAUUAUCACAUUUAUCUGAAGCAUUUAUAUGCAUUCAUAACAUCUAUUUAAAAAAAUGUACAGUGAUGGGCUCGUCCAAUAGGCUGGUAAAAAUAUAAUACAAUGAAAUAAAUCUUCUUC